GUUUCUAUUGCUAGAGUGCUGUCAUGGGAGCAGAACGGCCAAAAGACUCAUUAAAAGAGAUGGACUGGAAAAGUCUGGGUGGAGAAAGUAAGGUGCCUGGUCUUGAACCAGCUGUGAAGAAACGGUUUCCAAAAAAGAUUCGACAAGUUCCUGAUUAUUAUUUCCUCCCACGGAGAUCCUUACCAUAUUCCAUAGCAUUUUAUGGGUCAUUUAUUGCUGCCGGAGUUGGCGCAGGGAUGCUACUCGAAGCAUGGAUCAACAAGAAGGUCAAAGAGGAUGGAGGAGUCAUUUGGGAGUUUGACAAAUGAAUACUAGAUCAUGUUGCAGCUCAUUCAUUUUGUUUUCCAGUUGCAUUUUCACGCCAAGUAGUUCGCGUAGGCCUGGAUAGUUCAAAAGUUUGUAUACAGGAUAAUACAAUCUUCAUUCUGUUUCUUUACAUUUGAGGAGAAGAGUGCAACACUCACUAAAUGUUGAAUUUCGAAAAUCCUACUAAAAUACUAUUUAGCCCCUGAUGGAUGGAAUAUGAGUAAAAAGAUUGUGUAUCUGGAAUGUAACAAGAAAAUUAUGAUAUUUGGCCUAUUCUACUUUCUCA